GGCGGUUCAACAUUACCCUGAUAGGAGAAUAGUCUGAUUAGUCUCUCUCUUGCCCAAAUUUUUCUUGUCCAAAAAGAGAAAAAAGACCUAUGAGGCUUUCGACCUCAUUUCCAUGCCUCUGUCUUUUCUACCUUGUAUUCUUUAUUUAGGGAUGAAUGGGAUAAAUAGACCAUAGCAAAUGAAAAUGUUAUUUUCUAGUGGCUUUUGAGCUUUUAAGAAUAUUUGUAUAUUUUAUGCCAGUGGACUAAAAGGAGCCUCGAUUGUUUUUUUUUUUGAUGAGAAGCCUCCAUUUUUUUAUUGGGUAUUUGGAUUUUGGGUCUUGCAUAUGACUGAAGAGAGAGAGAAAGAGAGAUGAUUUUAAUGGGAUUUCCAGAAUCCUGAGGUUGGUCAAAGAUAUGACUCGAGUUGCUUAUUGAUAUACUUGAUAGAGAAAAACAGAGGGGGAAGUGAGGGGAAAAAGAAAAGGUCUUCUGGGAUCCAAUAAGAUUUGAUUUUUGGGCGGUGUGAGUUUAGAUUCUUCUUCUCUUUUUCUCAGAUUACUAAGUUUGUGUCUUGGAAGUGUAAUCCAAUCAGAAGGUAAAAGCUUUAUUAGUAUUUGAUAGAGGAAGAUAGAUAUGGGUAAGAAGAAACCUCAGAAAACGAAGGAGCUUUCAGUAGCAAUAGCAGAAGCUUCAUCAACUGGAGAUGAAGCUCAGCAGCAACAAUCACAGCCUCAGCCUCAGACCCCAAGAAAGCGAGGAAGACCUCGAAAGAUCAUUGAAGAGCAAUCAUCAACAAAAAUAGAAGAAGCUGCUGCAGCUCAAGAUGUUGAAGCCAGUCAGUCCAAAAAAGCUAAAGCCAGUGAGGAAGAGGAAGAAGAUAAGCAAGAACAACAAGAAGAGCAGCAGCAAAAUAUUAAAGAAGAAGGGCCAUCAUCGACAAAAGCUAAAGAGAGUGAGUCAAGGAGGGAGCCUUCGAGAAGUAGAGCUAGGAGGAAAAGCAAACCCAGAAAGAGUAGUUGCUAAAACUAGUAACUUGUUUUUUUCUUGUCUUUCCUCUUCUAAGUUGCAUAAAUCUUGCGAUUGUAUCAAUGAAAGAAUCAAGGAAAGGAAGAUCCCAAGCUCAAGGAUGCUCACUUUUUUGUUCCUUCAUUUGUUGCCAAUGGUUUUAACUAUUUCAUCA